AUGUCCAUGUCCAAGGUCAUAGUACGUGUGACGGUGAAAAAGCCGGCCGGAGAAGACAUGAAUCCGGUGAUUCAUGACGGCCUGAUUGCAUCCGGCAGCCAAGUGAUGGGGGAUAGCGUAACUCACGAUCGACUAGAGCAAGAAUUGGAUGUGUUGUGUUUUGAGAUGGAGGCCGCACGCGUUCUGGAUAAUGUCUCAUGUCUCGUGGUGAGAGGCAUAUCUGAUUAUGCGAACUCGCGCAAGAACGAGGCAUGGCAAGACUACGUAGCGGCAAUGGCUGCUGCCCAUGCAAAGGGGCUGCUCGGCGUGACGCCUAGCUUUCGACUUAAGAACUCAUCCACGACGGAGGUUCGAUAG